AUGCAGGGAGUCGAAUGGGGAAAGAUGAACAUGAUAGAAGCAGAGUGUCGCCUACUAGCCAAUGCUCUUCUUGACAUCUCAAACCAACGAUUCGUUUUUCUUUCCGAAUCAUGCAUUCCUCUAUUCAACUUCACCACCAUUUACUCUUACCUUAUCAACUCCACCAAAAAUUUUGUAGAUACCAAAGUUCUACCGAGAUCAGUUAGCCGUGGGCGAGAUGGAUCACAAUGGAGAAAAGGGUCACAAUGGUUCGAGAUGGAUCGAGACCUUGCCAUAAAGAUCAUCUCUGAUAAGAAGUAUUUUCCAUUAUAUCAGAACUAUUACAAGCAUUUAUGUUGUGCUGAUGAACACUACUUACCUACAUUUGUGAGCAUAAUGUUCUGGGAGAAGAAUUCAAACAGAAGUCUAACUCAAGUUGACUGGUCGAGAGGUGGGAUCCAUCCGGCUACAUUUAUGAGAGCAGAUGUGACCAUGGAGUUCUUGGAGAAGAUGAGGAGUGAGAGAAAAUGUGAAUACAAUGGACACACUACGAGUGUUUGCUUCUUGUUUGCAAGGAAAUUCUCCCCUCAUGCAUUAGACAGAUUGUUGAGGGUUGCACCAAAGGUUAUGCAGUUUAAGAAUGAAGUCUAUAAAUCUCUUGACCUCAGGCUUACUCUUAAUCUCCGUAGAAGGAUCGCUAAUAGAUCAACCAACACUCCACGAAUGUUUUGA